GGAGGAGGACGAGGACGACGAGGAUGGCCACGCACUCAUGUGCGGGCGCUGCGGCGCACAAGCGUGAGGACACUGCCGACGGGGCCUGAAUUGCCCCCCCUCCAUCCGUGCACGCCCCUGGUCUCCAAGCCAAGCAGAUAGCGAAGUGGAGGAGGACGAGGACGACGAGGAUGGCCACGCUCUCUUGUGCGGGCGGUGCGGAGCACAGGCGCGGGGACGCCACAGCCAGGGCCUGAACUGCCCCCCCUCCCUCUCGUGCACGCCCCUGCUCUCCAAACAGAAGGCGAGUUCGAAUUCGCCGGCCGCGCCGCCCUCCCGGCACCGGCCAACGCCGCCGGCCCUGCCCACAUGGGAUCACCGCGGGGGGCGCUGCGUGAAAGAAGGGGCUAGGAGUGGAUGCUAGGGGGGGCGAGGUCGUGGAGCGAAGGGGGGAAGGCGUGCAUCCUGGCGCUGCUCUCCAAGCAAGGCGCGAAUUGGCCGCAUGGGUGUGCUGGCGCAGCAUCUCCUGAGCUCCUCCGCUGCACGGCCCAAGAGGCAAGGUGGCUCCCGGCGGAGCCCUGUCACGGCCUUCCGAGCCGAUACGGGUACUACAAUCAAUUCCUCGCGGGGAGAGGGCACGGGAGGGAGGGGAGGGGAGGGAGUGAGAAGGAGGACAAGGAGGAGGAGAGGGAGAAGGCGGAGCAGGCCACAGAGAGGAGGGAGGAGCAGCGGGAGGACGCGAGGAGUGAGGACUGCUGGGAAAGAGGAGGGGGCGAUAUCAAAGGAGAACAAACACCACAUGAAUAUAAACUGUUGGGAACCGGCGCGGAUUUGAAUUGAUCCGCGCUCGGCCCCCAGGUGGAGCCUUCGGCGCGGCCCCUGGCGCGCUCCGCGCGCCAGGGAAUGGGGUCCAACGACGCUCCAAGAAAUCAACGCGGACCUCCGAAACUUUGCUUCUGCAGGGGAAAAGAAUACGAGACGGGGGAGAAGCAAGAGCCAGAACGGGGACCCCGGGGGGAAGGGGAAGGAACGAGGGACUGGCGCAGAAGAGUCCUGGAACAAAUCGAGCAUGAACGUGUACGCCUCACUCGCGCAAGCGAAAGCGAAGCUCAGCUCAACAUGUUGCCGACUCAACAUGCCGAUUCGGCCCAACGAUGCCCUUUAAACGUGCUGGCUCAACAUGUGCUCAACUCAACAUGCCGACUCAGCCCCAAAGACUCGCCAAAUCUGACCAAGCGGGGCACUGAGGCUCAACGCGCAAAGACAACCCAGAACAGGCCCCCUCUAAACAUUUGCACUUACUGCCUGGGCUCCAGCUUCGCAGAAUCCCGCA